ACAGCAACAAUGGCCUUAUCAGUCCUGGGCGUGAUCAAGGAGGAGGUGACCUGUCGCAUCUACCUUGACCUGAUGGUGGAACCUGUGAGUGUCGAUUGUGGUCACAGCUUCUGCCGAGCCUGCAUCACACUGAACUAUGAGUCCAGCAAAGGCAAAGAAGGGGAGAGCAUCUGCCCUGUGUGCCAAGUGAGAUACCUGUUUGGGAAACUAAGGCCUAAUCAACUGUUGGCCAACAUAGUGGAGAGGCUGACAGGGUUCAAGUCCAGCCCAGAGGAGGAGCAGAAGGUGAAUGUCUGUGCACAACAUGGAGAGAAACUCCAGCUCUUCUGUGAGAAGGACAUGGUGGCCAUCUGCAGCCUUUGUGAGCGGUCUCGAGUUCACUGUGGUCACCAAACAGCUCCCAUUGAAGAGGUGGCCUAUAAGUAUGAGCGGAAGCUCCAGGCAGUUCUGCAGGAACAGAGGGCAAAUCAGAAAAGAUGUUAUGAGUGGAAAGAUGACCUUCAAAAGGAGAAAAUCUUCUGGAAGAACCAAAUACAGGGUGAUGUAGAAAAAGUUCAGAUGGAGUUUAAAGGACUUCGGGAAUUCCUGAGCUCCAAGGAGAAGAAUGAGGUGCAGAAGCUGAAGCAGGAGGAGGAAGACAUUAUGAACAGCCUGGCACAGUCUCAAAGUGAGGUAGUGAAGCAGAGAGAGUCAGUGAGAGACCUCAUCUCAGAUGUGGAGCAUCACUUGCAGUGCUCAACCAUGGAAAUGCUGCAGGGUGUGAAUUCUGUCCUAACAAGGAGUCAGACCUUAAGACUGAAACGGCCUGAUAUGGUCCCGAGAAAACAGACAAGGAUCUUCCAAGCUCCAGAUCUGAAAGGCAUGCUGCAAGUGUUUCAAGGGCUCAUGGAUGCUCAACACUACUGGGUUCACGUGACCCUGCAUCGAGUUCGAAAUAAAAAUAUUGUCAUUAAUGAGGACAAAAGACAAAUACAACAUCGAAAUGAUUCUAGAAGAAAUUUGCAAAUUUCUGAGACCUAUGAUUUGGGUGUCCUGGGAUACCCAGCUUUCCACUCAGGGAAACAUUACUGGGAAGUGGAUGUGUCUAGAAAUGAUGCCUGGCUCCUGGGGUUAAAUGAUGGAAAAUGUGCUCAACCCCAACUUCAUGCACCAAAUGAAAAGGGCAUCAAAGCCCAAUAUAAUCCUGAUGCUAAACAACAUGUAAAUUAUCAACCUAAAUAUGGCUACUGGGUUAUAGGGAUGAAGAAUGGGUCUGUAUAUAAUGCCUUUGAAGAGUGUUCUGUCACCCACAAUGCCAGUGUCUUGGUCCUCCCUCUGACUGGUCGUCCCAGUCGUGUUGGAGUUUUCCUGGACAGAGAAGCUGGUACUCUCUCAUUUUAUGAUGUUUCCAAAUAUGGAGUUCUCAUCUAUAGAUUCUGUGAAUCUUCCUUCCCUGAUGCAGUUUAUCCAUACUUUAAUCCUAUGUCAUGUUCAGAGCCAAUGACAGUAUGUGGACCACCCUCUUAAACCUCACCCAUAACUGCACAGUGCCCCAUGUCUGAUGUAUCUCAUAUGCCUGAGCUCCCUGGCAUCAUCAUAACUGUUUCUGCUUUUGCUCUUUCCCUUUUAAUGAACUUCAGUUCUCAAUACAAACCAGCAUGGAUUCUUUUCCUUGAUCCAGUUGCUUGUCUGGUUACAAGGCAAUAAUUCCUCAUUUCCCAUAUUCCCAAAGAAAGUGACUCUUUCCUCAUUAGGUGAGGUGAAGCCUCUGCUAAGCCCACUUCCUGGUUUGUGGUGCCACAGAGGGAAGGCAGGGCCUUGUGCAUGCUGAGGAGGUGCUCUACCACUGAGCCACUCGACUCAGCUCUGCCGUGUCUGCACAAGCCCAUCCUUCUGCCCCCGACAACGGAUGAAAGAAAGUUCUUCUCCAGCUUGUCCACUAGUUUUGAAAAUUAUAUGGAGGCGUCUCUAGCCUAGGAAUGAGCCCUUAGUGGUAUGUCGGGUUAACCACAAUGUGCUUCAUCCAAACUUAAGAAGGAAACAUCUCCAAUGGUUCCCACUAAGACUGUGUGUUCAGAGUACCAGGUUCUAUUCCUGACACUCCACACAGCACUGUAACCCUGAAUAACAUCCUCAAAGUGUAUCCUUAUUAUAAUUUGUUUACCCUUUUGUAUAAAUAGUACACCCACACUCUAGGUUAGUGUAAGAGAAGAAAGGUGGGGUUUG